CGUUUGCCUAUCACUAACAGCCGUCUGUCUAUUUUUCUCUAAACUAUCACUUUCAUCUCUUCUCGUCGUGGCGGCGGAAGCUCGGCUGACGGCGACUUUCCUUCCGUCUUCUCUCCCUUUACUUGUUUCCUAAACCUCAAAGAACUCUCUCACUAUAUAUUUCCUAUAUAUUUCCGUACUAAAAAAAAUAGCAAAACCGCCGCUGCUGGUUUUGGAUUCUUCUCCGACGGCGGCUUCCUCCAAAAUUCCCCGAAGACGGUGUUGUAGAUAUGAUCAACUAGAGUCUUUCAGUUCUCCACCCCCUGGGCUUCAACAAUUGAUAAACAGUUGUUGGUAAACCGCACUGCUCUUCAAUGGAGGGGAUGACAUAUGCUUCCUUUGCGAGCUUCCCAACAAAAUCAUUGUGGUUCUAUGAUCUAUCACCAUCUUCUAUCAUAACCUCCCACCAAAAGCCUUACCAAAAUACUCUAAAAUCAACAUUUCCUAGAAAUUCUAUUUUCUGUGCUUCAUCUGGUUCUAGCGCCGGUUCGGUUGUGACCUUGCUUGAUUAUGGAGCUGGAAAUGUUCGGAGCUUAAGGAAUGCGAUUCGCCAUCUUGGUUUCGAGAUAGAGGAUGUGCGAACUGCAAAAGACAUUUUGAAUGCAGAUCGCCUUAUAUUUCCUGGUGUUGGGGCAUUUGCUUCAGCCAUGGAUGUAUUAGUCAAGACCGGGAUGGCUGAAGCACUACAAACCUAUAUAAAAAAUGAUCGCCCAUUUCUAGGCAUUUGUCUUGGACUUCAACUACUUUUUGAGUCUAGUGAAGAGAAUGGACCAGUGAAUGGUCUUGGCUUGAUACCUGGUGUGGUUGGGCGGUUUAACUCUUCGAAUGGUUUUAGAGUACCCCAUAUUGGCUGGAAUGCUUUGCAAAUUGCAAAGGACUCUGAAAUUUUGGAUGACAUUGGAGAUCACCAUGUCUACUUUGUUCACUCAUACCGUGCCAUGCCAUCAGAUGAUAACAAAAUAUGGAUUUCAUCUACUUGCAAUUACGGUAAUGAUUUUAUAGCAUCUAUCAAAAGGGGAAAUGUGCAUGCAGUUCAGUUCCAUCCAGAGAAGAGUGGAGAUGUUGGUCUUUCUGUAUUGAGAAGGUUCCUACAUCCAAAGUCACAGGGGACAAAGAAGCCUACUCAGGGGAAGGCUUCAAAACUUGCUAAGAGGGUGAUUGCUUGUCUUGAUGUUAGGACGAAUGAUAAAGGGGAUCUUGUUGUAACCAAAGGGGACCAGUAUGAUGUAAGAGAACACACAAAAGAGAAUGAGGUGAGAAACCUUGGCAAGCCAGUAGAGCUUGCCGGACAAUAUUACAAAGAUGGGGCUGAUGAGGUCAGUUUUUUGAACAUUACUGGUUUCCGUGACUUCCCAUUAGGCGAUUUACCAAUGUUGCAGGUAUUAAGACGCACUUCAGAAAAUGUUUUUGUCCCACUAACAGUUGGAGGUGGUAUACGAGAUUUUACAGAUGCAAAUGGCAGGCACUAUUCUAGUUUGGAAGUUGCUUCAGAGUAUUUUAGGUCUGGGGCUGAUAAAAUUUCCAUUGGAAGUGAUGCAGUUUACGCGGCUGAAGAAUAUAUAAAAACCAAAGUAAAGACAGGAAAGAGCAGCUUAGAACAAAUUUCUAGAGUUUAUGGAAAUCAGGCAGUAGUUGUAAGCAUUGAUCCUCGUAGAGUGUACCUUAAAAGUCCGAAUGAUGUACAGUUCAAGACAAUAAGGGCUACAAAACCAGGUCCAAAUGGAGAAGAAUAUGCUUGGUAUCAGUGCACGGUUAAUGGUGGAAGAGAAGGUCGACCAAUCGGAGCUUAUGAGCUUGCAAAAGUAGUUGAAGAACUGGGAGCUGGAGAAAUACUAUUGAACUGCAUCGAUUGUGAUGGUCAAGGAAAAGGAUUUGAUAUAGAUUUAAUAAAGCUGAUAUCCGAAGCUGUCAGCAUCCCUGUAAUUGCAAGUAGUGGUGCUGGUGCCGUUGAACACUUCUUGGAAGUAUUCAUGCAAACAAAUGCAUCAGCAGCACUUGCUGCUGGCAUUUUCCAUCGUAAGGAGGUGCCCAUUCAAUCUGUAAAAGGACACUUGUUGAAGGAAGGCAUUGAAGUAAGGAUCUAACUGCUCUGUUUUCGUGUGCUAGAAAUUUUGUUCCUAUAAUCAGGAAUAGGUAGAGAUAUGCAAACAUAAAAUCUCAUCUGUUUUUCUAUGUUUUAUUGCAUUUUUGGGAUUGAUUUCAAAAUGAUUUUUUGAAACGCAGUGAUAUUGAAUUAGAAGUUUCUGAGUGAACAAUUCCAUGGAUUGCCAUUGUUGAAUGUUAUGUUAAAAGGUAACCUUUAAAAGUUAAAAAAGUAUACCUCCAUUGUUCCCUUUUGACACCCUGCUGCUUUCUCUCUUUUCUCUCCCUUUUUUUUUUCCUAAUUUUUAUUUAUUUUAAAUGCUGUAAUUGCAACUUUGUAAAUGGCAAACUUGUGAAGGAAGAAAGUUUCUUGCUGAAUGUCGGAAAACUAGUUUGCUUCUAGUAUAAAAAAUUUCUGCCUUUGAAAAAAAAAAAACGGAACUGCAAAGAAAAAUUCCUUUUAAUUCAUGAAAUUUCUUGCUUCUCCAAAGCCCUCUUUACCACCAAUACAGUUACCAAAGCAAGUUGCCAAUUGAUCAAGUUACACCAAGUCGAGUUCGAUCUUUGACGAGGCUCCGGUAAUAAAAUGGAGUUCUAGCUUUGGUGGCAAAGGUAGUUUUCCGUGUGGUGUUACCGUUACGAAUGAGUUUUAAAU